AUGCUCAGCAUGCUCCCCACGCACGCCUACACGUACAAUCAAUCGCAAUAUUACACGCCAAACCACCCAUCGCCUCUCUCAUCCUCGCCACUGCGAAAUCCUCCUUCCCCCCUCUCAGCUCGCGAUACCAAUGUCUCUCCUCCACGCGCCCAAGACACCGUCAUGUUGUCUCCCAGCAAGCCCGGCUCAUAUUCCUCAAAUCCCAAAUCAACCUUCACGUCUCCAUCCACAACCCCGGACACUUCAAGCAGAACCCCGCUGAUCUCACCUCCGCCAACGAAGAGGCAUAGCGCGUAUAGCAGACGUACCACGAAGGCUAACCCGUUGAUGAGCGGGUUGACCGGAGAUGAUGGGAGAGAGACGAGAAGGAAGCUGUUUCUUAAGCGGGUGCGGGAGGGCGGUGAGGAGAAGAGGUGGAGGGAGAGGGGAGGCGAUGAGGAAAUUAUGCGGUGUCUGUGGGUUGCGGAGAAUAGGAGAAGAGAUGAAAAGAAACAGAGGGAGGCUAUGGGCAUCACAGAGCCGCCGGAGGAGGAUGAGGAGGAGAGGUUGACGAAUCUGGAUGAGGUUAUGGUUGAAGAGGUUGCGAUGAGCGAGGAGUUAGAAUUGGAGGCCCUGUUGGGAAACUUGAGUCCUGAGGAUCAGGGUAUUACGCAUGACGAUGCUCCUUCGAAUGAGAUGGAUAUGCUCUCUGGAGAGAGCACCAACGACAGGGUUCAUACUCAGGCGUCGCAAUACCAGCAAUCAAUCUACGGGAGCGAUGAUGAUGAGUAUGACAAUAUCUUCAUGGAUGUCAUUCAGGAAGAGAGCCGGAUGUCAAGUCAACAACCACCCGGCUCUAUCAACGAUCAGGAGAUGAUGGAUUUGAGUUAG